AUGGACUUUUUAGGAAUCAAAAACAAUAAAUUCGUUAAGAAUAAAGAACUUUGUAAAUAAUAAGAGGAAUUGUGCAUGAAAGAUGAUUAUCAAUUAUAAUUAGAUAAUGACACUCAUAUUAUUGUUCCAGAAUCUCCAAAUUUUAAAUUCAUUUAAACGAUAAAAAGAAAAAGAAAUCGAUGA